AUUGGGCGGCGCGAAGUCAACUUGCAGGGCGAUGGAGUUGGGGAAAUGGGCGCUGGGUCUCUGGGGCUUUUGCUUCCCUUUUGUUCCCGGUUUCCUCUGCUGGGAGAUCACCUUUCCCUUCCGAUCCAUGUACUGUCAGCUGUCGGACUCCUGCGCCUGCGCCUUCCAGGCUCAGCUGGACAAUCUGGAACUUGAUCUGUAUCGUCAUGUAUAUGGGCAGCAUUUAGCCAGAGAGGUGAUUGUCAGUGCCAUUAGACAGUUUACAGAAAACCAUGCACCAGUGAAGCCACUUGUGUUAUCGUUCCAUGGCUGGUCGGGGACUGGGAAAAGCUACGUCACCUCAUUGUUGAUGAGGAAUUUGUACCGGGAAGGAAUGAAAAGUUCUUACGUGCACCAGUUUGUACCCACCUUACACUUUCCUCAUGCCAGCCAGGUCCAUACGUACAAGGAGCGGUUGAAAACUUGGAUCAGCGGUAACCUGAGUGACUGCAGUAGAUCAGUGUUUAUAUUUGAUGAAAUGGAUAAAAUGCACCCUGGUUUAAUUGACGCUAUCAAACCCUUCUUAGGACACUCACAUGUUCUGUAUGGAACAAAUUAUCGGAAGGCAAUAUUUAUUUUUAUAAGCAAUGCAGGAGGUGAGCAGAUCAAUCAGGUGGCGCUGGAGUUUUGGAAGAAUCGCAAGGACCGGGAAGAAAUUCAGUUGGAAGAUUUGGAGUCCAACAUCUCCAGAGCCGUUUUCAACAACAAAAAUAGUGGGUUCUGGAACUCUGACAUAAUAAACGAAGAGCUUGUCGAUUAUUUUGUACCAUUUCUACCCCUGAAACAGAAACAUGUCAAGGAAUGUGUGAGGAGUGAGAUGUCUUCCAGGGGAAUAGAACUCAGAAAUGAAAUAAUCGCAGAAGUGGUGAACUCUAUGAACUUUAUCCCAGAGGAUGAGAGAUUAUUUUCUAAAACUGGCUGCAAGACUGUAUCUGCCAAGUUGGACUUUAGCUUGUAAGGAAUGUUGUUUGAGGGUUCGUGGGAGUCCAUUUGUAUUUCAGUGAGCGCCUUUGUUUCCUGGCCAAUUAAAAAGGGAAGACCAGGUAACACUUGCUAGACUAAAUAAUUUGCUGAUUUAUGUUUAACUUUUGAAUUAAUGUCCUGUUUUAAGGACUUAAUUUCUUAGUUUCAAAGGAAGAUAAUUUAAUUUACGGGACUUUUUAAAAAAAUAAUUAUUUAAUAUAUCAAAUUGUUUAAUUGAUUCAGGAUAAGAAAUUAAAAUUGGAAUAUCUUGUGUCAUUAAAAAUCUGGGGUGCAAUUUACGUGAAAUGUAUCCUGAAUCAGGUUUUCGGGAAUGGAUGAUGAAAGGUGGACUCACCCCUGUCCCCAGGAUGUUCUGAUGUGCUGUCCAAUAAAUGAGAUGCAUUUAAGAUGAAGUUAGGCAGGCAGACGUGGCUGUCAGGUCAUCUAGAGCCUUGAUUGCCUGCAUUAAGCAAAAUGGCACUGCUCUUCAGGAGGACAGACUGAAUACACAUCCAGAUAAACAGUUAAAGAGAGAAGCGCAUCUGCUGUAAAUCUGAAACAAACUGGGCUUCCUGAGGAAUUUAGUUUAAAUCUUUGUGUAAGAGUCUAUUUGUAUAUCAGUGAGACUGUAUGGGGGAGAAUCUAUUCACUGUAGCUGGUUUAAGUAAUUUGAUUUAUUCCUAGCGUUAAGAUUGAUGUCCUGUUUUGGAGACAUCAUUUAUUGCUCCAGAAGGUAGCUAGAACACGACAAACAAAGUUGAAAGCAAACAUCAGGCCAUUCAACAUCUGGACAAGCAGCAGGCUAGUUUUGCAUGUCAUCUUGACCAGAUAACCUUUCCCUCAGAAAUGGUGGUUGAAUUGUACCACAUUAAGGUGGCAUGAGAUGUUGUAGGUGCACUUGGACAGGCUGGGAGAUGCUUGGAUGCAGAGCCGUUCCCUCUGACUUGUACUGCCCAAAUCUCACAAUGGACAGAGGCUGUGAUCUCUGGCCAUUGCCACAAGAUUGUGGGCGUCCCAGGGUAGGAACAGUCCCACUGACUCGGUGACUCAGCCCACUGCUCCAGAAUCCAUUUCUCAAGUCACUAGAAGGGAAGUGUAUUCUCCUGGAGGGCAGGUAGGAAAGGUGGAAGGUACGAGGUUUGAUUUAGCAUUGCUUAAAAAUUGAGAAUCUGGCAGCCAGAUCAUUGAGCAUAGAAAAACCCGCAGGCUGCACAGAGACUAUUUAAUAACCUGAGCGUUGAAAUAAUUUGAGCAUUUUGGGCAGGUGUAAUUACUUUUAUGUGGUCAGUCAUCUGUGUCCAUGCUGAAAGUGGAUGUGGAGAUCGAAUAUGAAGGAUUUCUAUCCUGUAAAUUGAGGAAAUCUGACGUCUGCUAAUGGAUGUCAGAUCUUUAAUUGCCCAGUGGCUUCUAACCAUCUGUACCACUGAGGUGUAAUCUGGAAAGUGUUUUCAUGUGUUUCACACUGCUGAUUGAGGGGGGCAGAGUUCCUUACUUUGACUGGGUGUGGGGUACGAUGUAGAGACUGGUCGGGGCUUCCCUGGCACUUCACAAAAGGGAUUGAAAGCUGAGCAGGAAUAAUGGGAGAGACUGGAAGAGGGAAGGAUUGAAGAGUGUGGUUUUGGGAGGCCUUUUGAAGAUCGAGCAGCAUCGUGCGAACCACUCCCACAGAACUUGCUGCCUUUCCAAGAAACUGUAAAACAAAUUGUCACGUGUUGUUUUUUUCUCCACUCAACCAGUAAAAACGGGAAGAUCCAGUUGUGUAUUUGUGUCUGACUGCUCUGUAAGGCAUUGUGAUGCUUUGACUGAAAUUGGUCAUAACACAUACUCCCAGCCAUUAGUUCUCAAUCAGAUGGACUUUAUAUUGUAAAAUGUGAAAUAAAAACAUGUUUCCACCCAGUAUUGGCACACCAAGAGUGCGGCUCACACUGGCAGUUCAAGGUGCUUAUUUUAAAAUUGCAAUUUUGUUGAAAUAAUGAUCUUCAGUAUAUUUGUGUGGGCACCCUAACCUUAGGCAAUGGCACAUGAUAGUGCACACCCCUGAAUUCUGGCUGAAGAGGAUUCUCCUUCCACUUCUCUCUUGGCUUCUUCAUGGAGUGGAUAUGUUUUCUCUUGCCACAACAUGGCAGGCAGAAUCUUUCCCAACCAAAACCAGUCAGAUUAAUUUUCCUUUAAAGUAGUGAUGAAAGCAUUUGGUGACGAGUGCAGUAAAUUAUGUAAUAAUCUCAAUGUGAUUAUUCAGAAUUGGUGCUCAUGACUCAGAUCCAAACCUGGAUGUCUGCUUUUUUUGCAAAUUGACGACUUCUGUGCCAUAAAAUAGUAAAAAAUCAAAUCUGAAUGUAUAUUCACUCUGGUAUGUUGUAUGUUUGUAAUCUCUGAAACAGUUCUGUUUAAUACUUUCAUGUUUCAAAUUCUUUAUAUUUUGAAUGGGCCUAUGCUAACAGCAGAAAGCAGUAAAAGCUGAGCAUCUUCUGACCUAGUAUUAACAUGUUUACAACAUUUAUAAGUAAUUUUUAAAUUAUCAGUGUGCAAUACAUUUUUUAUAAAAUUAUUCAAAUG